AAUGAUCAACUUGAUCAUCAAUGCGUUGAAAUUUUGUCAAAACAAAAUCUUCUCUUAAAUGUUCAAUUCAAAGUAGUUCAAAGUUGAGGGAAUACAAGGAAAUUGAAGUCAAAGUCGGCAGUUUUUUGCUCUCAAUUGGUUCAGUGUUUAAUCAACUCUAAAUGAUUGAUACUUUAAGCUCAACAAUUAACUCAAAUCAUCAACUCAAUCAUGGAUUUAAUUGUCCCUCUCUGGACUUGAGGGUUAACAGUGUCGCCAUCCUUGGUACCAUUGCAGCUACUAAAGUGGUAAACAAAAGUGACUUGCCAUUUAGUGAAUCAUCUUUAUCAACUGUUAAUUGUAGUCAACUUUUAUCUUCACAAUCUAUUAAUGAAACCUUGUUCAGUGAUUUUAAUGAUGAUUUGGGUGAAGAGAGUCCAAAUGAAUCUGGUAACUUUGAAUAUGUUGAUUUAACCCAGGUUAAUGGUGUUUGUUUAAUCUUCAUCUUACUUUAUUCAAUGGUUAUCCUUUUCUCAAUCUUGGGUAACAUUAUUGUUGCUUGUACGGUUAUUUGUAACCGUAAAAUGCAAACAGUUGUCAAUUAUUAUAUUGUUAAUUUAGCUUUUUGUGAUUUUUUAAUUGGAUUUUUUGUCGCCCCAAUCAAACUAAUUGAAUUAACUGUUCCAGCCUCUUGGUCGAUUCUUAAUGAUAAUCUUUGUACAGCUUUAAAUUAUCUUCAAACCGUAAUCGUCUUUACAAGUGUUUUAACAUUGGUAGCCAUUUGUUUUGAAAGAUAUUUUGCUGUUGUUCAUCCGUUGCGAUCUCGUGUUCAUCAAUCUAAAUCCCGGACCAUCAAGAUACUUCAUGGAGUUUGGUACAUUCCGUUGGUUGCUGCCGGUCCAUUUUUAAUGCCAUCAAAAGCUUAUCCAAACAGGUUAACCUCACCUUUAGGAACCAUAGAAAGGUUAACCUGUUUUGUCAAUUUUUCACCUGCCUUUAGAGCCAAAUAUUAUACCUGUUUAUUCAUCUUUUUUUACUUAAUACCAUUGCUGUUUAUUGGAUGGACAUGUUUCCAGAUUGCAAGGUGUUUGAUCAAGCAAACGAUACUUCAACGUGAAGGUUUACUCCGUCGUCAAGAAGUUAACCGACGCAAGGUUGCCAAAAUGAUUUUGGUUGUGGUUUUUGCUUUCACCAUAUCUUGGACACCUUAUUUUCUGGUUUCAAUUGUAACCCAAUACCAAGAGGUUAAUUUUAUGACCAAACAUAACUACUUUUUUACCAUGUUAUGUAUUAACUUAUUUGCUUUCCUCAAUUCAUCAAUCAAUCCAUUAAUUUACGUGUUAAUGUCAACAAGGUUUCGUCUUGGAUUUACAAAUAUAUUGCGUUUAAUGCUUUGCAUUUCAUCUCAUGAGGAGCUUGAAGAUUCUGACAGGAUUGUUUCUGGAGAUCAACAUCACAAUCAUAAUAACCUGCAUGGACAAGCAAACAAUUCACAGCAAAGCACCAAUCAAAGUCAACAAUUGACACGAAAAAAUGAAAAUGAUGAUCCCUCUAAGGUUAAAUCAUUAACUCACAUGGCUAAAUAUAGACAUCGUUUAGUUAUGUUUAUUUGUGGUCAAGUUAGUCAUUUAUCAACUGAUUCUGGUCACAGUGAGUCAAGUCCACCAGUUUCUGGUUGUUUGCCUGAUAAACCAACGGAAAAGCUUGACAAGACUGAUCCAGGGAAAAGGUCAGAUGGCAUCAAGAUUGAAUCAAAAGCCGAGUGUCUGCUCAUUAAUGGUUCAAAUUUAACCUCAAAUGUCCCACAAGUUAAUAACUGUUUGCCAUCAAUUACAGUUUCAACCCAUUUACAACAACCCAAUGUUACUUCAUUGGGUUUAUCACCCAACUCUGUUGCAUCUUCAUUCAUUCCCCAUCUCAUUCAGUCUGACUGUACUGAGGGAUCUGGUGAAACUCAAGGAAUCACUCUAAAUGACUCUAGAUUCAGUAAAAGACGUUAUAGUGAUAAUUUUUUGUUUGCAAUUAAAUUUGAUAACAAUCCAUUGAAUGAAAGUGAGACUGGAAACAAUGACAAUAAGUUAAUUAAUAAUCCAUUGGAUAAAGAGCAUUCGCUGGCUUCAAACAAAUUAUCCCAAAUUUGUCUCAAUGUCGAUGAUUCUCCUAACAAUAACCUUAAUAAUGAUUACCAAUCUGGCCAAAUUAAUUACAAUCGAUCCAAAUCAGAGCCUCACUUUAUAACAUCAACCCAACUUUAACCUAACCAUUAAACCUGAUCGCAUUGCAAGCACAAUGGAUUGGCUCUUUUUUUUGUAUUUCAAAUCAUCUUGUGCAUCUAAUCAACUGGAUCACAUUAAUUUAUACAUUAAAUUAUAAUUGAUAUUUCAUUAUAAAAAGCUUAUUAUCUAGUCAAAUUUUAUGUAAUUUCAAUUGUACCAAAACUGUUAUACGAACCAAAAUAUGUUAUUAUUUGCUUUGCACAAUUUAGUUUUUUGUAAUGCUCAAAGCUCCUUGACUGUUGAACAAUAAUUGCCUUUAAUUUGGAUCACAUUUAAUUUAAUCAAUCGAUUAGUUUUAUAAAUACAACGAUAUAUUAAUCUGUAA